CGAAAGGGAGGGGUAGCUUGGAGCUAACUCUUUUUAAUGAAUGCGAGAGAUACGUAAGGAAAUAUAAAUCAGGUCUUGGUUCCGUGGCAAUUGUAAACAUUAAGACGGCUCAAAGCUAUCACCACUUACAUCAUCCACAAUGGGCUCCAUUACCGAAGAAAGCUUCGACUACAUUAUUUGCGGAGGAGGAACCACUGGCUGUGUUAUUGCUGGCCGGCUUGCUGAAGAUCCCAACGCCACCGUACUGGUUCUGGAGGCGGGCCCAAACUCUGAUACCCUCGAGACUGUUCACAUGGUGGGAGGUUGGUCGCAAAACUUUGACAAAGAGACAGAUUGGAACGUGAUUGCGUCGCCGGGUGCUGGCAUCGACAACCGAGAAGUAAAACUUAGCCGUGGAAAGUUCUUGGGCGGAUCUUCAGGGUGCAACGGAACACUAUGCAUUCGGGGAUCUAGGCAAGACUAUGACGACUGGGAGGUAGAAGGCUGGAGUGGCGAUGAAGUAUUCAAGUACAUGAAAAAGGCCGAACGCUUCACACCCAAACCGUGGUUCAAAGCCGAAAAGGACGCUCAUGGCUACGAUGGCGAACUCGGUAUCGAGCCCCAUGACUUGGCCCCUAUUUCUGAAAGGAUCUUGGAAUCCAUGCAAGAUAAAGGAUUGGGACUCGAUGACGACAUGUUUUCGCACGGCCGAAACCCCCACGGCUGUGGCCAUGCUCCGCGUACAGUGUCCAAGGGUCUUCGAACGACUGGAGCCGACUUUAUCACGAAGCAAAACACCAAGAACAACAUCAAGAUUGUAACAGACUGCCAUGUUGACAAAGUAGUCAUCAAGAGGGACACCAAUGGUGAGCUGCAAGCUACCGGCGUAUCAGCUGUUCUUGGUGACGGAACAGUCUUCACGGCCACUGCGAAGAAGGAGAUUAUUGUGUCGGGAGGAGCAUACUGCAGCCCAAAUAUCCUCAACCGUUCAGGUAUCGGGGCCAAAGACGACCUAAGUAAGCAUGGCAUCGAGACGCUGGUAGAUCUCCCUGGUGUUGGUCAAAACCUGAUGGACCAUUUGAUUGUCUUUAUAUUUUACGAGACUGAAGUACCCGGCUUGACGACGGAUCAUCAGGUAUACCAUGGCGAUGCCUUUAAUGAUGCGUACCAGCUCUGGAAGGACUCCAAGACUGGUUUCUUGUCCACCUUUCCCUUUGGAGCAUUUGCCUUUGCUCGACUGGAUGAGCGAUUGGCUGAUUCCGAGCUGUGGAAAUCGUCGCCUCGAGAGCCGAACCGAGAUCCCAUGGGAUUGACCAGCUCUCAGCCCAACAUUGAGUUUUUCUCGACCGAGUGUUAUGGAGGACCCAAGCAAUAUGACCAAUUUCCCGUGGACAACAAGCACGCGUUUAGCAUCAUCGCCGAACUCUUCCGUCCCCGAUCCAGAGGAACCGUUACUCUACGGGAUACAGAUGCAAAGGCAGUACCAGUCGUUGACUGUGGCUACCUCACCGAUCCCCUCGACCUAGAGGUACUGGCAGAGGCAUGUCGUUUCGGAAACGAAAUCAUCAUGCAAGGCAAGGGCACCAAGGAUAUCGUCAAGGGAGCUUGGCCUGCUACCGAGGGUCACCAUCAGUUUAAGACACGAGAGGACUGGAUUCCGUAUGUUAAGAAGUAUGCGACUACUUGCUACCACGCAUCUGGAACUUGCAAGAUGGGCAAGCAGUCCGACCUUGCAGCCGUCGUGGAUAGCCAACUCCGCGUGUUUGGCGUCAAGGGCCUCCGUGUUGCCGACACUAGCAUCAUGCCGGUGUUGCAUGGAGGUCAUACCCAGAUGCCUGCUUAUGGAAUUGGAGAAAAGGCAGCUGACAUGAUUAAAGCUGCUUGGAAAUAGGCGCUACGGAAAUUGAAGAUGCCGUGAUUGGGGUUUGGAGUGCACAAAAUAUAUGGAUAUUUUAUGAUUCUUUGUCAACCAAACGUAAUCUUGAUCAAUCUACAUUGUCAUCGCUUACCAA